AGAGAUAGAGAGAGAGAGCCAAUCAUACUAAUCAUUCUCUUGUCACGCAGAGCACAGCAGCAGAGAAGACAGAGGGAGAGAAUGUUGUGUGUGUUUCUCCAUUGAUGGCUGAAACUGAAGAGACAAGAGAUUGAAUUACAUUAUUUUUGCAGCUGUUUUGUUGUAAAUAUUUCUUGUUCGGAAGAUCAUGUGUUAAUUAUUCUUAUAUAUACGGAUACCAAAGGGAUAUUCAGCAUUUGGUACAAAACCAUAGUGCAAAGUUUUGUAGAAUUAUUAGUUUCUAGAAUACUAGUUGGCGAAUCAAAAGGAUCAAGCUUUUUCACUUUGGCGCUGAACCAUUUAUCUUGCACUUGCUUGCUCGAAUAAGGACCCAAAACCGUUUUUGCACCCGCUGUUAUGGCCAAUUUGUCGCAGUCAGAAUCCAGGCGGUUGUACUCGUGGUGGUGGGAUAGUCACAUUCCCAAAAACUCAAAAUGGAUUCAGGAUAAUCUUGCAGAUAUGGAUUCUAAAGUGAAGACGAUGAUAAAACUCAUCGAGACAGAUGCAGAUUCGUUUGCAAGAAGGGCAGAUAUGUACUUUAAGAAACGUCCAGAGCUCAUGAAACUGGUGGAAGAGCUAUACAGAGCUUAUCGUGCUUUAGCUGAAAGGUAUGAUCAUACAACAGUGGAGCUUCGGCGUGCGCAUAAAGUCAUGGUUGAGGCGUUUCCUAACCAGAUUCCUUUUGACAUGAUUGAGGAUUCUGCAUCAUCUUCUUCUGAGCCUCAUACUGAAUACUUGCAAAAGGGUGGUGCUACAAGUGAAAGGAGCUUAAGUCAGACGAAUAAUUUAUGUGGAACUUCUUAUUCUCACGAAGCAUAUUCUGAAGUUGAAAGCUUAAAGAGGACAUUGCUUGAGCUUCAGACUGAAAAGGAGGCUUUGAAUCUCCAAUAUCAGCUAACCUUGAAAAAACUAUCUAGAUUUGAGAAAGAACUCAACGAUGCUCAAAAGGAUGCUAGAGGAUUUGAUGAACGUGCUUGCAAAGCUGAGAUUGAGAUUAAAAUCCUCAAAGAAUCUCUUGCAAAGUUAGAGCUCGAGAGGGAUACAGGGCUUCUUCAGUAUAAUCAAUCAAUGGAUAGAAUAGCAGAUUUAGAAGCAUCGGUUUCUCAUGAGAAAGAAUAUGCCAAGGGCCUCACUGACCAAGCAUCUGAAGCAGAAAGGGAAGCCAUGGGUCUCAAGCAAGAGCUUUCUAGAUUGCAAUCUGAGAAGGUGGCUGGCUUAGUCCGAUACAAUAAAUGCCUUGAGUUGAUAUCUGCUUUAGAGAAGAAACUUAGAGAUGCUGAGGAGAGUGUCAAAAUCUUCAGGGACCAAUCUGAACAAGCAGAAAACGAAAUCAAAGCUUUGAAACAAGAACUUCUGAAGCUGAAUGAAGUGAAUGAAGACUUGAGUGUUCGAUAUCAGCAGUGUUUGGAGACAAUAUCAAAUUUAGAGAGAGAAGUAUCUCAUGCUCAAGAUAAUGCCAAAAGACUUAGCAGUGAAGUUCUUGCUGGCGCUGCAAAGAUUAAGACUGUGGAGGAACAGUGCGCUAUUUUGGAGAGCUUCAAUCAAACUCUAAAGGUAGAGGCAGACAAUCUAGCGCACAAAAUGUCAGUUAAAGAUCAAGAACUUGUCCAGAAGGAAAACGAGCUUGAACAGCUUCAAGCGCUAAUGCAGGAAGAGCAAUUGCAGUUUUCAAAACUUGGAGCUAGCCUUCAAAAUUUGGAGAGUUUGCAUUCUCAGUCCCAAGAGGAACAGAAGGUUCUCACCUUGGAACUUCAAAGCCGUAUCCAAAUGUUGAGAGAACUGGAGAUGCGCAAUCAUAAGUUGGAAGGUGACAUCAGCUCAGUUGAACAAGAGAACCGAAACUUAAGCGAAUUAAAUGACACUUCUAUAACGUACUUAGAGAUUCAGAAAAAUGAGAUAUCUUGCUUGAAGAAGAUGAAAGAAAAGCUCGAGGAAGAAGUUGCAAAACAGAUGAACCAGAGCAGUGCCCUUCAAGUAGAGAUCCACUCUGUGAAGGGUAAUAUUGACAACAUGAAUAAGAAAUACCAAAAAUUAAUUGAUCAAGUGAGCCUCACAGGUUUUGAUCCUGAAUCUCUUUCCUACUCCGUGAAGAAACUACAAGACGAGAACUCGAAGCUGAUCGAAUUAUGCACCAAUCAGAGAGAUGAAAAAAAUGCUGCUGCAGGAAAGCUGUGUGAAAUGGACAGCAUUCUAAAGAGAAAUGCUGAUUUGGAGAAAUUGCUUUUGGAAUCAAACACCAAACUAGACGGUUCCAGGGAGAAAGCAAAGGAUCUACAAGAAAGAUGUGAGUCUUUACGAGGAGAGAAAUCUGAGCUUUCUGCUGAGAGAGCUAACUUGUUUUCCCAGUUGCAAAUCAUGACUGCAAAUAUGCAGAAGCUCUUGGAAAAGAACUCUUUAUUGGAGAGUUCCCUUUCUGUUGCAAACAUUGAGCUUAUAAGUCUAAGAGAUAAGUCAAAGUGGUUUGAAGAUUUCUUCCUAAUGCUCAAAAAUGACAAGUCUGAACUUAUGAAGGAAAAAGAAUCUCUCGUCUCUCAAUUGUAUAAGGUUGAGGAGAAGCUAGGAAUCUCGGAGAAGAAGUAUACUGAACUGGAAGUAAAAUAUGCCGAUUUACAGAGCGAUAAUAAGCUCAAAAACCAUCAAGUAGAAGAGUUACAGGUAUCUCUUUCCGCUGAGAAGCAGGAGAGUGCUAAUUACAAACGAUCGACUGAAAGCAGAUUAGCAGAUCUUCAGAAGAAUGUGAGCUAUCUUCGAGAAGAGUGUCGCUCCAGGAAAAGAGAGUAUGAGGAAGAGCUUGACAGAGUUGUAAACAAACAAGUCGAGAUAUUCAUCUUGCAAAAGCUUAUAGAAGAUCUGGAGCAGAAGAAUUUUUCUCUCCUGAUAGAGUGUCAGAAGCAUGUAGAAGCUUCAGAAUUCUCAGAGAAACUCAUUUCUGAGCUGGAAAGUGAGAAUCUCGAGCAGCAGAUGGAAGCAGAAAUAUUUUUGGACGAGAUUGAUAGCUUGAGGGGUGUAAUUUAUCAAGUGAUAAAGGCACUUCAAGUUGAAGCAGAUUGUAAGACUUCAAAACAGAAGAUUGCGAAAGACCAACCUUCAGUUUCACUUGUAUUAGGAGAGAUUGAUGGUCUAAAAUGUUCACUUUCCAACGCUGAAUAUGAGAUGCAGCGACUUGUAGUUGAGAACUCGGUGCUCUUAUCUCUAUUUGGACAAUUCCAAUCCGACGGUUUGGUGCUCGAAUCGGAGAAGAACAUCGUCGAAAAAGAUCUAAAGAUUACAAUACAGCAGUGUGGAAUGUUGGAAAAGGAUAAGCAAGAGCUAUUGGAGGCGAACCGGCUGUUGAAAUUAAAACUGAUCAAAAGAGAGCAACAGGAGCAAGAGCUGAGAGCUGAACUGCAAACGGAGCAUCUAAAGUUUGAGAGUUUGCAUAAGUCAUACAUGGUUUUGCAACAAGAUUAUUCGUAUACAAUCAAUGAUAACAAAACUUUGCUUCUGAAAUUCUCGGAACUUAAAGAUAGAAUGUGUGUAGUUGAGGAAGAUACUGAUGCAAUUCUUCAGGAAGCUGUUGCUUUGAGUAACAUGUGUGUGGUUUACAAUUCCUUUGGGUCUGAAAUGGCUGAGGAGGUUGAAAGUUUUGUUGAAGCUAUGAGCAGAUUACAAGAAAUUAGUACGGGCCUGAAGCAAAAGGUUGAGACACUGGAGGAAAGGUUAAAAGGUAAAGAGGAAGAAAGUCAAGAUCUUAAAAAGAUGAUAGAGAAGUUACAUGAAGGCCUUGAAGAAGACAAUUUCUUAAAUGGACUCUUGGAUCAUCGCGUUUCUAAUGUAGACAAAAUCUUGGAACGUAGGGAAAUGGAAAUGAUAGAAGCAGAGCAUGUGCUUAAGGCUACACACACUGCAAAUGAAGAGCUGAACAAAGAAGUUGAGGAGCUGAGGAAAGACUGUGAAAAAUCAAGACGAAUGAGGGGAAAUUUAGAGAGGCAGAUUUCCGAACUGUCAGAUGUUACUGGAAGACAGGAGGAAGAGAUUAAAAAACUUAACAUUUUGAAUGAGAAUUUGGAGUCAGAGGUAGAGUUCUUACACGAAGAAAUCCAAAGACAACAAGUUCUAGAGGAGUACCUGAGUUUGGAACUACAAGAGAAAAGCAAUGAGAUUGAACUAUGGGAUGCUGAAGCAACAUCUUUCUACUUUGAUUUUCAGAUCUCAGCUGUCCGUGAACUCAUUCUUGAGAACAAAGUUAACGAACUCACAGGAGUUUGUGAAAAUCUCAAUGGUGAAGUUGUAACAAAAUCGACGAAGAUAAAAGAGAUGAAAGAAACAAUUGACUAUUUGGAGGCUCAAGUGACUGAGCUGAAGAGUCAACUGUCAACUUAUGAUCCUGUGAUAGCAUCUUUGGCUGGAGAUGUAAAAUCUCUUGAGAAAAGUACACUGGCUUUAACGAAUUUUCCUGCAACAGCCUAUCAACAGAGAGAGGGAGACAAUCUAGAAGAAGCUGUCUGUCCAGAGCCCGAAGAAAGUGGCAGUACCCCCAGUCCAUGCAAUGGAAGUGAGAUUCUCAAGGAAACUAAACCUCGUAUUAAGACCAUCGAACAAGCAGUUUUCAAAGAAAAAGGCAGGCUUACAAGGCAAAGAACACGAAACACCUCCCACAAAAGCAGAGACCGCAGGAAGAUUGAAAAUAUACAACUUGAUGACAAGGUCUCUGGUGAAUCUAGACAGCCAAGAUCGAGGCCUGAGAUGACCGAGGUGAAAAAUGGAUUGUUGAUGAAAGACAUUCCUCAUGAUCUAGUCGCAGGCUCCCAGAUCUGUGGCAGAAGCCAGGGAACUAGUCGUCUUUCAAAUGAGAUGUUUGAGUUUUCGGAAGAAUCUACUGAAUCAGAGACCAGUAUAAACUUUCUCAUCAACAAUAACCAACUGCAGAGGCCAUUGAACUCGCGUCUCCGACGCCACAGCCGGAAUCCCUCUAUAGAAUCUGAUAAAGCGGUUGGAGUUGUUGACAAGCUAGAGCUAUCUAGAAACAUUGAAGACAAGGCAAAGAUUAUGGAGAGACUUUUGUCUGAUUCAAGGAGACUAACAAGUCUCCGGAUUAGCCUAACAGAUCUGAAAAGCAAGCUGGAGAUGAAUGAGAAACAAGGAAGAUUCAGCAACACUGAUUUGGUUAUUGUGAAGAGACAGUUAAAAGAAAUGGAAGAAUCUGUCUUGCAGCUUGAAAACACAAACGAGAUUCUUUCAAAGGAAAUUGAAGAAACUGGAGAUGCCAGAGAUAUAUACAGAAAGGUGGUCGUGGAGAAGUCAAGAAACGGGUCUGAGAAGAUAGAGCAGCUGCAAACUAAAAUGCAGAACAUUGAGCAAACAGUGUUGAAACUCGAAGAUGGCACCAAAAGCAAAGGAAGGAAAAUGCUUUCAGAGACUAGGACAGUGAUCCUUUUGAGAGACAUUAUUCACAAGGGCGGGAAAAGAACUGCAAGAAAGAAGAAAAACCGCUUCUGCGGGUGUAUAAGAUCUUCAACUAAAGAAGAGUAGGGUUUAUAAUAAGGUAUUCACAUCUAGUCUUUCAUAGACUAUCAUAAAGAUAUUCAUUGAAACGACUUCACAAGUAUUAUAUGGUAUAGUUUCUGAAAUAUUGUAGCAACUAGCGUAAGAUGUAUUUUAAAAUAAAGCUAGAGCUGGUGUUGAA